AUGUUCAAAAUCGAAUCGUACAUUACUCCCAUCAUCCUGAGCUAUGUCGAGAAGUACGUGAAAAACAUCCGUCCCGAAGACUCGCAGCUUUCGCUAUGGGGUGGCGAGGUCAUUUUUCAGAAUCUGGACCUAAAGCUCGACGUGCUGGAAGAGGAGCUACAGCUGCCGUUCAACUUUCUCUCCGGUCAUAUCCACGAGCUGUCGAUACGGGUUCCGUGGACGAAGAUUGCCUCAGAACCAAUCGUAAUCACCAUAAAUACGAUCGAGUUUGUGCUGAAACUGCGCGACAACAAUGAUCGUAACGUACCGAAGCGAGAGCCGCCGCGGAAGGGCAAGGGCACGGAUGAAGUACCUCCACCGGGGUAUAUGGCAUCGUUGAUCAAUAAAAUCGCCAACAACAUCACGAUCCGAUGCCACAACGUGAUACUAAAGUACGUCGAGGAGGAUAUCGUUGUUUCCAUGAACAUACAGCAGCUGUCGAUGGAAUCGGCCGAUGGCGGCUGGAAUCCGGCCUUCGUUGACAUGUCACCGACGAAGGUGUCCCUCCGGAAGCUGAUCAAUAUCGUGGACCUGACCAUCUGCUUGGAUAAGCGUAAUUCGGCCGGAAAGAUCGAGGUCUGCCAGGAACCCGUCCUGUACCGCAGCACUCUGCAGUUGCGCAUGCUUGUGAAGUACAACGUUUCGUCACAGGAUCGCUCCUCAUUAACACGCAUCGAUGUUCAUUCCAAAUUUCUAGAUUUUAACGUAUCCUCCCAGCAGUUCCCGAUGCUGAUGCGUUUGUUCGAUCUGGCACUGGCGCUUAAGCAGGGGAAGCUAAAGAACGAACCAGCACAUACCGUUUCCGAUGGUGGUCUGGAUGUGGAAGACGAAAGUGGUCAAGAAUCGCUGCUCUCGUGGGCUUGGAAUCUGCUUCCGUCCUUCUUUCCGGAGGAAAACGCUAGCGAUCAUACCGAGGAGCAUGACUUCCGCGUCCUGCACGCCGGCUUGUAUAUCGAUCAGCUGCGUAUUAUCUUCAAGACGCAGGAACUGAUUGGCGAUGGGAUGGUAGGAACAACCAAGAAAAUAAAAUACCGCCCAAUUUUGCGGUUCGAUUUGCACAAUGUCUGCGGAGAAAUGAUCGCCUGUGGCCUGAAGUGGUUCAACGUUACGGCCGGUAUCUCGCGGGUGCAGAUUCAGUCACUCGAAGAUUGCCCCUGUGGUCACCGAAACGCAGGCGUGAAGGAUAUCUUUGAAUCCGUAGAAGUGGAACGUAGUGAGGAAAAUGCGGAUCAUCUGGAAAACUCUUUCUUCAGCGACAGUGCUGGAGGUAAGCUAAAGUACAAUGUAAACUGGAACUACCAUCUAAGCAGCGUUAGUCAGGAUCGCCUGUUGAAGAAGUUCCCUGCCAUUGCGAUCGAUGUCGUUCACGAGGUACAGUUGCCGGACGAUAGGAGAACCUCGGAGUUUGGUAGCGAUUUGGAGUUCAGUAAUCUAGCCGAAAAGUAUAUGAUACGCAUGUUUGUGGGUCCAUUUCGCGCUAGAAUUUAUGCCGACACCAUACAUCGCUUCGAGACGCUGGCAUCGUAUAAGGACUUUUACGAAUAUCCACCAUACUAUGAGGAUAAACCAUUGCCAGCACUCUCGCAGUUGCUUCCACCCUCAGCUGAGGACUAUGACGCACUUAUGCACGAAAUCCCCUUGAGGCAGAUCCACAUUACGUUGCAGAGUCCCACGAUCGAGCUGCAUUCGUAUGAUCAUGGACCAGCUGAACUGUUGCUGCGAAAGGUUAGCAGCGGAAAAAUGGCACCUUCCGCAUCGAAACCCUCACUCACGGUUCAAUUUACCCGUGUAGAGUGCAAUAUUCUGGCGCCACUCUACCCAAAUCGGCUAGUCUAUACCACCUGCCAGUUGCCGGAACCUCCGGCGAAGCUUUUUGAUGCCUGCUACCAGUCGAUAUCGGGUAACUUGGAACGGUUGCAGGUGAAUCUUCAUCAUUCCAAAUGGACCGACACAACCGUUGUCACGGCGGUCAGCAUGAAUUGUCAACAACGGUUCCUUAUAUAUCCAUCUCUCUGGCCCAACGGGGAGCUAAACAAGGCAGAGCACAAUCUCAACGUGACCGAUUUGAAACUAUCUGCAAAUCCAUUACAAGGCCUUACUUGUGCUACCAUCUUGCAAUCAUUGGUGGCGCGGCAAGAGGCGCCCUGUCUGGACUGGGAUAGUCUGUACCAACAAUCACUUCCUACAGCAGACCUACUGCUUUCGUACGUUCACCUCAGAAAGGUUGAAGCUGAUCGCACUGAAUGCUACAAACUGUUGGCUCGUAGCUUGAAGCUCCUCACGUAUCAGUACGCGCUGGCGAACGAGAAAUCCCUCACUGCCCUCUGGCCAGAUCAUUCCACUGAAGAAGACUUCUUAACCGUAAUAUUUCAGUUGCCCAAGCAGUUCGAAGCAACAGUAGAACAUCCGCCGUUGCUGUAUGCAAAGCUCCUAGAUCUAAGCCUCAAUCUGGAUCCAAACUUUCUGGCGUUUCUGCAUUUGUGGCAGCUGGCGGUUCCUUUAGUAGAGCAAAGCGCACCUUACGGUCGUUUCCGAGGAAGUACGGUGAAACAUUCCAAUCGUACGACUGCAGCACGUGUUCGGACUGACGCUAGAAGUGACGGUAAAAAGGAGCACUCCUUACAAGCCACCUCUGUCCAUUCGAGCUCGGGCAAAGCUGGCGUACAUGCCGGUGCCGCUGUACAUGUACCAGCGUCUACGCUUGGCGUGGACGAAAUAGCCCCAAAGGAAACCAACCCUGAUCGGGAAGGACAAAACUCACCCGCAGAUAAGCAAUUUUGGGUUAAGCUUGCCAAAAAGAUCAUCUUUCAGCUGGAAAUUAGUCACUUUACCGUAUGUCUUCCGAUGAACAACAUAAUCUUCCACUCGUUAAGUGACUCGCUAGAGGACGAGUUCGGACAAAACGAAAUAUUUAUGAUCAAGUUGCCUCUGAUUACUGUUAAUUCUGCAUUCAAGUGUCAAACGCUGUCCGGUAGCAUAAACCGAUUCCCGAUCAGUAUCGCCAAAUCCGUUUGGCCAGCGGAGAAGGAAAGCUUCCCCUGGACUAUCUCCCUAGCUAACGCAUCGAGCUGGACGUACCAGAACGGAGAGAUGAACAAAUUGCUUGACGAAACGACGACCAACAUUUCCCUUGUACUAAACUUUAACGAUGACGUAUCAGCAGUUGCCACGUGUUCAUCGGUAUGUUUUCACAUCGACACGUCCCCAUUCCGGGUAACGAUGGUAAAAGAACAGCUGGGACUGAUGCGUGCCACUCUGGAGCGGCUGAUGCAGCUGCCGAUGCUGCAGUCCAGAGAACGGCAACCGGAUUCUGGUUGCGGAAAAUCGAAAACCUUGCACCAAUGUCUCGAGAUACCAAACCAACCAGGUGGCAGCACGAUAGCAGCUGGCGAUCUCAGAGAAUUUCUGGAUCUUGGGCACAACUCCAGUGGAGGCUCCGAGGAAACCUUGAAAGAGAACUUGAACGGAUCCAAAGAGGGAAAACGCCGGGUGAUGCCCUCGUUGUGGCUACAGUGGACCUUUUCCAAGAUCACUGUCAGCUGCAUUACACGGGAGGAACGUGGAGCAGCGCGAAAGGAACGCAUUAAACUGAAGCUCGACUUUGAGGAUAUAAUCUAUUCGCUGGACAAGCAAGAAGUGUACUCUCAGAUGAAGGCGAAGAUUGGUGGCAUGAGCGGUGCUUGUUACGAAUGGGUAGACGGGCCAGCAGGUGAAUGGGUGCGCAACGAAGCAUUAGCACUAACGGUGCAAACGGGUGAGGCCAGUGAGUCGAGUAAAGCAGCCGGAACGGACACGUUCUUUGGCAUGACCAUCACCAGAGCGGAAACCCAGAGCGUCCACUCGAAGUGGGACACCGUGAGAAAAACGCGCGAGCACAACGAGAUCCUUGUGGAGGUGUUGAUCAAGAUGGAGCAGGUCGAUUUACGGCUGGAUCUAUACCUGCUCGGGGAGUUACUGCACGCCUUCCAACCUGACCCCGUAUCGAUCUCGGAACCGGAUGAGAGCAAUCCGGGCUCGAACGCGGAUCCAAGCCCCGUGCUGGGUGUGAAGGAUUUACCAUUGAUUCUGUUCGCUAGCAAGGGCAUCACCGUGUUCUUGCCACUGCGCACCGAACAGACCGAAAAACCAGAUGAGCGUUGCUCGGUGUACAUCUUUAAGGUUACCGCGAUAACCGUGCACCAUAACGUUGAGAAUCCGAUCUGUCGUGUUCCGCUCCGACCGGACGUAUACACCAAAGCAGCCCAGAUGCGCAUUUUGAACGUACCGGGAUCAAAAAUUGAGGACCGCCAGUACGAACUGCUGCUGAAGGAUGUCUCACUAAGCACGGCCAACUGGGGUGAUGUGGUGCGGUAUUUGCACGAGCAGCAAACAUCCACCACCCAUCACGACAAUCCGGCAUUCGAGUGGAACAACCUGCAGCAGGGAGUGCAACGUUCGUCCCAUUUCGAGCUCGUGACCGUGUUUAAAGAGUUCAACUUUUCCGCCAUCUACGCGCCGUGUAUUAUCUACAAAAACGUGCUGAUCUGCAGUCGCGCGGUCGAGCUGAACUGCAUGUCCGAUUUGGUGGUGGAUGUCGAUCUCGAUCAGUUACGGUUGGCCGAACGGUUGCUGACCAAAGUCAAUGACAUCAAGUGCCGCAUGUUCCCGACACCAAGUACAUCACCGCGUCAUUCCUCGGUAGGCACCGUGGCACUAUCGCGUAGCAACAGUUCGGUAGAUGCGUCCAGUUCUUUUACGUUCGCCUCAAGUGCUGUGGCCGGAGAAGACACUGGCCGAGAAUCAGUGAAAACCUACCGCGACUCGGUUCCAUCGUCGCGGUUUCGUAGGAGCAACUCGAAGCUAUCCAAAUGCGAGCAGGAUUCGGGACUGGAAUCGUAUCGUACGUCGGACGGCAGGCAGGUCCUCUCGAGUGGCAGCAGGAAAAGUGGCCCCCAACGGCAGCGCAAAGUUUCAUCGCGUUCGUCAGAGAGCGUUAUCAAACCGAACACACGUUCACAGACGAAUUCUUCGAUAGCUCAAACGGUUAUUCCGUACGAAGUGUGUCUGCUGGGUGGACACUUUAAGAUAAAUCUGUAUACCCAAGCGGAACGAAGUAGUGGUGAUGCACCCACGGUAAGGUUGGUGUUUGCCCAACCAAAUGCGCUCGUAUCCUUGAACAUGCUCGAGCGCAUUUUUCAAAUAUCACUGUUUGAUCUGACAGUUCAAGUAGGCGAUCUCGCUAUCGUAAAAACGGUUACCGGUGAACCGGACGAUCUUGGCAUACCGCAACCAAUAGUGAAGGCACGCUUUGUGAACAGUCUGACGAAGCGCAAUCGCGAACUUAAGGUUGAUUUUAAGCGACCGAUAAAGCUUACCAUCUCGCAUGGCAAAGUAAAGCAGGUGACGGAACUCGUAAGUGUGCUGAAUGAGCUGUUCAUCCCACCAACUUCAAGUAAAGGAUGUGCGAAUGAAGCAACAAAACCGCCGCUAAAGCCCGUGUUAAGUAGGAACAAAUUUUUGCUAGUUAAAUCUCAGCUGUUCGAUGUGGAAAGAAUUCACAUAGGCUUAUCCCAAGUGAUGCUGCAUCUGGUGGACGAGGAUGUGUCGAGUACGGCCUCGCAGUACAGCAUGAAAGUAUCGUUCUCCUCGGUGCGAUCGACUGUGCGGGUACAGGAGCGACCUGAACGGAUUGUUUUUGGGUUAGAACUGAACGAGCUGAUGCUCAGUACCGGCGCAUUCGUAGUGCUUCAUCCAUUUUCUUUUGAGCUAGAGCUGAUGUUCUCGCAGGAAUACUGGAAGCGUGAUCCUUUGGUGCAGAUAAAGGUGAAAUCAUCCUAUAUGCAGCUAGAUCUCAUUCCGUACGUAUUUCAACAAAUGGAGCUGAUACGAAAGGACAUGGAAAGAGCGCUAACGUCAAGUGAAGACAGCCGAAAGGAUUCCGUCUCAACGGUGCGUAGCGUGAACAUGUCACCGAGCCACGAAUUGCUCAUACCGAUCGUCCCACCGCGUUUCGAGCGCAAGCGUUCGAAAGAGAUGCAAGAGGAGUAUUAUCAGGAUGAUUUGAGGGCUGGGGCCUUUCAGUUCAUCGAAUCAAUGAAAAUCAAUGAACUACCGCUUCCUUAUCAGAUCAAGAUCAUCAACCGUGAGGUCGGUAUCAUUUGUUGGCGAUAUCCACAACCACGUGCGUUACACCAAGUGAUCGUCUAUCCAGUUCCCAUGAAUACUACGAAAUCGGUCAACAUCCAGUGCAAGCUGGAGCACUAUGCAGAAAUAAGCGACAAUUUCGUGGAGGUAUGUCAAUUUACACUCUCCGAGAACGAGAAAACCUACCUUAAGCUACCUAAGCGCAAGCUUUCGUCAGCCAUUUGGAGAAUCGUGAUGACGCAGAACGUGGUCUACGACGAGGUAGCUGGCCGUUCUCGAGAUGACGAGGACGAAGACAUCGGAACUAGUGGCGGUAAUGACGACAACGAUGCCGAUACGAACCAUCAGCUACUGGGUGGAACCCGCGGCAGAACAUUUCUGACCAGCAUCACCGACGUUCUCAGUGACAGUUCCUAUCUGCCAGGACAGCGCGUGGUGAACCUACCGUAUCGGUUGCAUCCCAAAAUAUUCGUUGCCUGUAUGCGGGUUGAUUCGAUGUUCAGUGCGGGACUGGUACCGAACGUGGAUAUAACGAUCGAUCUUAGGCCAGUGCAGUUGAAUUUCUUCAAUCACGUACGUUUCGAUCCCGACCGCGAACUUCCGAAGCCGUUCGAACGAUACAGACUUUGCAGAGAGUCGGCCGAAUUCGGUCCUCACAAAUUUCUGAUGAUAAACGCAAACAGGUUGCGUGGCCAGUGCUCGAUCUAUGAUAGUCUAGACAUGUUUGUGAGCGCUGAGCUUAGUAUGCUUUGUGAGUUGCUGGAUUAUAAUCAUUUUACCUUCGAAAAUGCUAUAGAAGUGAGCAAUUUGAAAGCGUACGGCUGGAUCGGAGAGCGGUCACUAGAACUGAAGACCAUAUCUGACGAUAUCUGUCUACGGUAUGGUCCCUCGAUCGGCUACAAUCUUGCCGUGGCAGAGCGAAUCUGGGGUCGGAGUAGCUUGACAGCGGAGACCGAUCCGCCAGUAGUACUAUACAGCAGAUAUAUCGUGUGCAAUCGUACCCAGGUUGCCCUUAAAUUUGGCCAAACCGGAACGACCGAAAUGAUUUACCUUGGACCGAAUGAGCUGUGCUUAUACGCGUUCCGUAGCUGCCGGCAGGCUCAGCAGCUGCAGAUCUACUUCACCGAAGGGACGGCGCAGGUGGCAACGAGACCAUUUGACGUGUCCUCAGAGAGCUUGCAGCAGGUCUGCGUUCAGCCGAUUCACGAGGAAGAUAUGGAGGAUGAAAAGAUUUUGCUGGUGCGGAUAAGCAACAUUUCACUCGGCGGUGGUCAUGGUAGCAGCGCUCAGCGCAGUAUCACGAUCGAGGGACAGAUCGGUUUCUACAAUAUGACCGCGCAAAGCCUAAAGUUCCAGUAUCGAUACUACAAGAUUGUACCGAAUAGUGAUCGUAACUACACGACGACGGGCUUCCAAAUAGCAUCCGGCAAUAGUGCGAAUUUAUUUUCACCUGCUAAUAACAAAACCCAGCAGACUAUCAACAUAGCUAUCGAAAGCGAUGGAGGCCGUAUCGGCUGGUCGGGAGAUGUCCCUUUGCGUGAGAUUCAGAACGGAGGCAGUAUGCCAUACCUGGUAAAGAUACCAACGACAACGAUCACUCGCGAAGGAUAUAUCAGCUAUUGGGUACGAAUCGUGCGCGAAAAACUCUCAGAUAGCAAAUCGGCCGCCACCGGAGAAGUCCUGGAACGGGUACUAGUGAUCGUUUGGCCACUGUUUAUGGUUGAGUCUCUGCUAACUGUCAACACGACGGCUUAUGAUGAAAAACUCGAUCAGUCUUACUCCAUCUAUGGGCAGGGCCAACGAAAACAGCUGAAUGUAGCAGGGACGUACUCGGACGAGCAUGAGCUGUCGUUUCGGAUGGACUUUACCUCACCACAUGGCGAAGACAAACGCAAGGCUCUGCUCUCCUAUCGGCUGAUCGAUGGGAAGACGUUCUUCCAGGUGCCCGUUCGCUUUCGCAGUAUCGAGGCGGCACUAGACGCGCUGCAGACAGGCCAACGUUUGCCUAAUUGGCCGUGCUCACGUGAGGAAGAGCUACGCUGGCGGCGGGAAAACUCCAUUCAGGAAGCCACGUUCCCGCUGUAUCAUUGCUCGACCUCGUACGAAAUGUCGUGUUGUCUGAUGUUGAACAUUGCUCCAUGGGCUCACUUCAUCAACCAGUUGGGCUGUGAAGUACGGCUCAAGAACUGCACCAGCAGUGAUACGAAUAUCAUCGCUCCAAACAGCAUAAUUAUGCCGAUCCACGUGGAGGUGGGCUUCACGCUCGAGAUGCAUGUUGGCCUUGGCCAGCCGCUUCAAUCAGAGCUCAUCUACAUUAACGGUGCGGACGCUAAGAAGCAGUCCCCGAACGGGUUCGCCGUCUUACCACUGGAAGGUUCAAUCGACAUCAGUAUUCGCACGGAAACUGGGGUUAUGAAUCUAGUCCUGACAUCGCUGACAGAGAACAAAGUUCGAAUUUUCAUCUUAGCCUCGCAGUUCGUCGUCUCCAACUACUCGAGUCUCGAUCUGCACUGUUGGUCGUUUGCACUUCCGGCCAACGAACGACUUGAGCAGUUCAAAUUGGGCAAUAGUGGGCCCCACAGUUGUUGUUACAGUAUUCCGAAAAAUGACACCAAAUGUGAGAACCCCAAAGGGACCGCUAUAACGAUGCUAAACAACGUAUCCCAGCGCAAGGGAAAGAUCAAACCGAAUGCCAGUUUUAACCACUAUCUGACGGUGUAUCAGCGGCGUGAAAACGGGGCUGAUUUCUCCGCUCCGAUCUACCUAAAUAAACCGAUCGCCCGGAAGUCCCUCAGCAUACCGUACCACGUGGGUCCGGUUGAACGAAGGCACCAUGCACUGUCACUGUCGAUCGUGACACAUCAGGGCCAACAGCACGUGUCGAUCUACGAUGAUCCGUGUCCGUCGUAUGCCAUCGAAAAUCGGACCGAUUUUAACAUAUUUGUCGCUCAGUCCGAUACCGUCCAACCGAACAAGGCGGCAACGGCCGUAGCCGAGUCGGUAGAGAGCAACUUUUCCUGGUUUCAGACGGUGGAUUCGCGGCAGACGGUUUUCUACACACCACCCACGCUGGACGAACAAUUCCCGGAUCCGCAGGAGCAGGAGAUGGCGCUCAUAUUCGCCUGUGUUAGUGGAAGCGCCAUUCGGUGGUCCCAUCCGGUCACCACCGACGAGGACAAGAGCAUUUUCCUAAACGUUCCGCUCUACGGUGAUCUAAAGCUAGCGGUGCGAGUCCGCAACCGCACGACAACGCUGGUGAUCGACUACAUUAGCAAGGAUUUGGAGUUCUCCGCCAAGGACAUCCGUACGCGCCUGUCAAAUCCGGUUGAGUCAUCCUCCGAUUCCCAGGAGACGGGAACAAGCUCCGAUCGUACCGGUCCGCCCAUUGACUAUCGGCCGGUGGAUGUGGAGGAAGAGCUUGACACGCAAUCGAACGUCCCGGGUCGUGAAGAGCUACUGCAGAGCUACUUCCGGUCGAUCAUGAUCACGCUGUUCAACGAUGAGCCGAAUCGUGCGUGUAACAAAAAGGACAUCAUCUCGUUCAACUUCGAUCGGAUCGGGUUCAAGGCAGAACGUCGAUCGCACGGAAACACCGUGAACCGAGCCACCCUGUAUUGUGCAAACGUGCAGGUGGACAACGAGCUGCACGCAGACGGUGAGUACGACUUCCCAGUCGUCCUGUGUAGCGAAGAUCACGAAACAAAGCAGCGUAAGCUACCGUCACAAAGCCCACCGAACCACUACCGGUUGGAGGAUCAGCUCGAACAGCUGGCUCGAGUGGCACUUUGUACGCUUGAGUGUGAUCUUACCGACCACCACGAGGACGAUGGAUCCGGUCGCGGAUGGUCUGGAAUGGAAGCGGUACGACUUAAGGUGAACCCGAUCCGGGCGUACAUCGAGGACACGUACAUUAACGUGCUGGUCGACUACCUGGUGGAGUGUUUACCAGUGGAUACGCGCCAGGAGCAAUACCAGGACGAACCAGGAUCAGUGCGUGUCCGUUGCCAACCCGGUGAAGUGCUCAUACCGCGAGAGGUCAUGCAACAAUCCAGCUACCUAUCAGAACCGGUCAAAUUCCGGAGUGUACGCAUCGAACCCCUCGCCGUGCUACUCUCAGUACACGCCUGCAUGCGUCUCUAUAUCGCGCUUGAUCACAGCCCGCUCGAGUUUGCGGCCUUCGAACGCCGAUCGGUGCGUUCGCUUCCGGUUAAGUUUGGUAAUGCGGUCGGAAUGCACUACCUUUCGGGGGCAAUAUUCGGUGGUGGUUGGGUGAUCGGUUCGCUCGAGAUCCUCGGCAGCCCUAGCGGAUUGGCGCGAUCGGUUACGAGUGGAUUGCGUGAUUUCGUGUCCUUACCCGUACAAGGACUCUUCCGAGGUCCGUGGGGUUUCCUAGUUGGUGUAACGCAAGGUUCAGCCUCGCUUAUCCGUAACAUAACCGCUGGAACGGUCAAUUCGGUCACAAAGCUGGCUCAAUCGGUAUCGCGCAAUCUUGACCGGUUGACGCUUGAUUCGGAGCACGUGCAGCGUACGGACGCAUUACGACGACGCCGUCCACAGGGAAUGACUGACGGAUUUACGCAGGGGUUGACCGGUCUCGGUAUAAGCCUGCUCGGAGCUGUUGGUGGAUUGGCUCACCAUCCGCUACAGGCCACUAAUCCGUUCGGUGUAGUGACCGGCAUGGGCAAAGGCAUCGUCGGUGCAUUGGCCAAACCGAUCAGUGGUGCGGCCGAACUGGUCGCCUUAACAGGCCAAGGAAUGCUGCAAAGUGUCGGCUACAACACCCUCCCAAAGCCGAAAUUGCGCUCCCGUCAGUCUCUCCAGCGACUAGAACUGAUCCCGUACAAGGCCCUCUGGGAACCACAGGCCAUUUGUGAAGGUUCGUUGCUGUUCACGGCUCAUGCAACGUUGGCCACACACGGCUCCGAGUAUCGGCUCGUGCUGGUUGCGGUUUACAGCAAGGCUUUCGUGAUGUACGACGUGCACGAUUGCCAGUUGGUGGAGCUCCUUGACCCCAAGACGGUGUUCUUUGAGACGGAUGAGGAAGGUGAUGCGACACGGCUUGUUAUCCGCGUGCGGCCAAAGCUGCCACCUCCGCCGUGUUCCGAGUUUGACCAGUAUCCGAUCUCGAGCCGGACGUACGAUUUUGUGCGUGAUUCGACUAUGCAACUGCCACGGAUUGCCCCACAGCAGCCCAUUUAUGGACGAUCCGCUGGCAAGGAAGCGUUCACGUUGAAGGAAACUGGUUCCGUGACGGCUGCCGGAGUUGAAUCGGCAGUUGUUGAUGAACGAUCGGUCGUGUUGAACAUCGAGCAAUCUUCCACGGCUAGCGAAGUGGACGAAGACGGAAUGAACGAUUCCGGGAUGCUGCUGUUGCAUGAUGAAACCGCUUCCACCACGGCAGCAAUGGCCGGUGAGAACGAGGAUGAGUUUGAGGUGGACCACAAGGAUGGCACAAAGGACGACAGCGAGCGCAAAGUGGUGAUAUUCCUGGAGGAGAACCUGGUGAAGUAUCUCAUCACCUACGUGGACCUCCUGAAACGGACCACCGACAACCACCCAGGUUGCGGCACGGAGGACAGCGUGGCUUUUCCUCCGUUCGAGUGUUGAACAUUCAUUCCAGUCAUAGGGUUUAGAUAGGUUUCGCAUAUUGAAGGGUUAGUCUGUACGAGCCUCACACGGACGCUCCGCGUAUGUAGAUGUUGUAUGUACCUCAAUAAACGGGGACGCCUGCUAUCUAAUAGUGUGGCAAAA